ACGAACUCCAACUGCCACGCCGCUCGAUUCCCGACUCACGCUUCGCCCGUUGCUCCGUCUCUCCCCCGAGAGGCACAUCUCACAUCUCCCUUCGCUUUGGUGGCCUUGAAGUCUUCGAUUCGGCUGUCGUCGCUCUCCACCCUCACAAACCAAAACUUAAAAAAUGGCCCCUCCAUCAUACAACGAUCUCGGCAAGUGCGCCCGUGAUCUCUUUAACAGCGGAUACCAUUUUGGUCUCCUAUCUCUCAACCUUAAAACUAAAACAAAGAAUGGUGUGGAGUUUACUUCUGGUGGUAAUGCUGCACACGACACUGGCAAAGUUACCUCAUCACUACAGAGCAAAUACAAUGUCAAGAAAUACGGUCUUACUUUUGUUGAAAAAUGGAAUACCAACAAUGUAUUGACUACUGAGGUUUCUAUGGAAGAUUACUUGGUCAAAGGAUUGAAGGUAGCAUUUGACAGCUCCUUUGCACCUCAAACAAGCAAAAAGACUGGCAGCAUCUCCUCUGCCUUUAAAAAUGACUGCUGUGCUGUCAACUGCAAUGUUGAUUUGCUCAAUGGUGCUCCCCAAGUUCUGGCUUCAACUGUUGUUGCUUACAAUGGCUGGCUGGCUGGUUACCAAACCAAAGUUGAUGCUCAGAACACCAAGGUUACCAUGAACAACAUUGCUCUUGGUUAUUCUACCCAAGAUUUCACUUUCCACACCAAUGUAAACGAUGGGCAGCAAUUUGGGGCUUCAUUGUACCAGAAGGCUAAGCCGGACUUGGAAACUGGUGUUCAGCUUUCCUGGAAGAUGGGUUCCAAUGACACUACUUUCGGAAUUGCAUGCAAAUACCAGCUUGACAAUGAUGCGUCUGUUCGUGCCAAGGUUAACAACAACAGCCAGGUUGGAUUGGGCUACCAGCAGAAGCUGAGAGACGGUGUUACCCUUACUCUGUCAACCAUGAUUGAUGGCAAGAACUUUAACCAAGGUGGGCACAAGCUUGGUCUUGCUCUCGAGUUCUCUACAUAAACCUAGCCAAAGUAACUGCAAAUUGAGACCUUUUUACUAGUGAAUCAACCACAAGUAGGGUAAAUGGAUGUUUAAGUUAGUUACCUGCUGUUGUGAAAAGAGAAGCUCAUUUGAGCUCUUUAGUGAUCUUCGCAUUGUAUUUUGAGUCUCUUGUUUCUAAAGUAUUGAUUGCCUUGAAUAUGCAGCUGUUGUAGGUAUUAAGCCCACCUCACUGCUGGCUGUUGGCAUUAAAUUUGGAGCAGAAUUAUUUUUAUUCCUAUGUGGAAAGUGUAAUUUUAUCCCCUUUUGUCUACUGUAUUUCAAAAACUUGAUUUUGUAAGUGAAUAUCCAAUGUAUGCUUGUCACUGCUUGUAAAAGACAUGGAAUGUAUUUACUUUUUACUAUAAGUCACCUUUUUACAAGAUGUAUGUGGUAUCAAUAAAAAGUUGACUUAAAGUCUUAA